UACAUUUUUAACAUAAUCGCCGCAGGCAGAGAGAUGACAGCGUCGAAGGGGCAACAUUCGAGAAGCGAUGGUGGUGGUGCACGUCAAGGCGGCGACGUUGGAGGAGCAGCAGUUCCUCUACCACUGCAUCUCCACUUCGGCCAUCGAUGAGGUGGCCGACGUCAUCCUGGGCAUCCACGCCCUGCAGUCUCACAUCCAAUCCCUCUCACUUCUCCUCCGGCAACGCCUGCUUUCCGACCCUUCAUUCUCAGACAGUUCUCCUGACCCGUCUCUUGCCCUGGAGAGAUCUUUAUCGGAAGCAGAGACUUAUGUGUCAAAGGAUCAAGUUGAGCACAACAGGUUCUUAUCACCUCAUGCCCUGCGCGCCCAUGUUAAGAACAUAGAGAAAGAAAUCAAGAUUGUUCAGUCAAAGGGUUUCCUUGAUUGUGAUCUACCACAGCCUCCUGAUUGUGAGGUUCAUCAGCAAAUGCAGCUAUGGUGGGCAGGGAAAGAACUUGUUAGAGGCAAAAGACUAUGCGACUAUAUCGGUACAAAUGAGAAAACAAAGAUUGUGAUCACAUUGAAACCAGCUUGUUGAAGACCUUUAAAGCUUUUCAUUGAGCCACCCCAACCCCAACAUGCUAAAUUACUUGCAUCCUUAUAAUUAUAUAGUUCUUGCACAUUUUGUUUUCUUAUUCAUUUUACGAUAAAUUUCUCGGUGUAAAUCAUCCAUUUGAAUGUGCCGGUUGCGGAUUGUGGGGCAGACAGACGGAUCUUGCUUAGGGCCCGUCCUGUAAA